AUGGCGAUCGUAUUCGGCACCCGUCUCGCCGGUCCAGGCCGAUCCUCGCGCUACAAUCCUGGUGAAGCUCCUCCGUUGUCAAGGUGGAAAACUAUAAACGGAGUCCCCAUUCCUCCUCAACCCGAGGAGCCAGACAACUGCUGCAUGAGUGGUUGUGUACAUUGUGUCUGGGAUGACUUCCGAGAUGAGAUGGAAGACUGGGCAUCCAGGAUUGCAACAGCCAAAGCUAAAGGUGGGCCUGAGAAAGGAACGAAGGACAUGCGCUCGGCGCCUCGAGCGGAAGUCCGCUCAGCCAGUGGAAGCAUGGAUGAUGACGGCGGUGGCAGCGAAGCAAGUUGGACACCGCCGAAUGAAGAUAAUGAACUGUUUGCUAAUGUCCCUGUUGGGAUCCGGGAGUUCAUGAAAACGGAGAAAAGGCUGCGGAUAAAACAUCAAAAGGAGGCUACAUUGUGA